AUGGCGCUGCGCCACGUGGCCAGGAGCGUCGGCGUCCCCGCUCUCUGGCAGGCUCCGCCCGCCACCACUGCUGCCGCAGCAACUGCGCGCGCCGCCGUCGAUCCGGCCGCCCUGCGGGCCGCUGCACAGCUGCUGCAGGCCGCGGGCGCUGAUCCGGUCGCCCUGCGGGCCACUGUGCGGCUGCUGCCGGCCGUGGGCGCUGCUGGCACGCAGCCCGUCAUCGAUGCCGCGCCUAGUGCCGCUCAGUCUGGCCUCGGGAUGGCGCCCGAGGAUGCACCGUUCUCCGGCGCCUUCCGAGGACAGCAGGCCGACGCCGCUCGCGCCGCGGCCCUCCUCACCGCCAAGUCGGAGGCUUCAGCCGCCCAGGAGCGGGUCCGUGUGGCUGCCCUCGCCUGGGAGCGCGAGCGCGCCACGGCCGACGCCCUCGCUCUCCGGGUCGUCGAGGAGGAGCGCUACCUCCGCAUCUCCUCCGGCCAGCCUGUCGACCCUGAGCCCGGCACCUCCUCCUCCUUUCGGGCCCUGCCCGCUGGAUCUGGAGCUUGGUACGAUCCGACCGACCCCUCGGUCGCCCAGCUCCACCUCCAGGCUGCUGGUGUCCAGAACAUCAGGGCCCUGGUCUCCGUCCUCCUCGACCCCGCGUCCUCCUCCUACAGCCGCUGGCGGGACCAGGUCCUCCUCACCCUCCGCCGCUACGCUCUCGACGACCACAUCCUCGUCGACUCGCCGAUCGAGGCGCGGGACGUGACGUGGCUGCGUCUCGAUAGUGUCGCCAUGUCCUGGAUCUUCGGGACCAUCUCCCUAGAUCUUCAGGACCUCGUCAGGACCCACGGCGGCACUGCGCGACAGGCUUGGGUGGCGCUCGAGGGGCAGUUCCUCGACAACGCCGAGUACCGCGCCCUCCAGCUUGAUGCCACCUUCCGCACUUUCCUCCAGGGGGACCUCUCCGUCGGUGAGUACUACCGACGGAUGAAGAGCAUGGCUGAUGCUCUUCACGACCUCGGGGAUCCGGUGUCCGAUCGGGUCUUGGUGCUCAAUGUCCUACGGGGCCUGAGCAGCACCUACGACCACCUGAAGUGCUGGAUCACCCGCCAGAGGCCCUUUCCCACCUUCCUGCAGGUCCGGGACGACCUCGCUCUUGAGGAGCUCACCAGGGGUCUUGCGCCCGGAUCCUCCUCACCCUCCGCCGCGCUUGUUACCGCUCCACCGUCCUCCUCCGCUGCUCCUGCCACCUCCCUCCUUGGGGCUGCUCCCGCCGGGUAG